AUGCAACGUCAUCUCGGUUGGCUAGCACGUAGCAGAGUGUUUCAUCUUAGCCUGCGGAGAAACUCGGUCCAACCAACGGAAUCGUAUACACUGGUGGAUAAACUUGGUCAGAUAUACCGAGACAUAAGCUCCAUCUUAUCCUUUCACUCGAAAGUGUACGAAAAUUAUUUCAAUGCGGCUUCUAUUCAGUACACAAGGCGAUGCUUCCGCUCGGCACUCAUUUUCGCUCUCUUCACCUAUUGGGGCUGCAUAUUUGCUGCGGCCUACAACACUGGUGCGUUUGAAGAGCACAUCAUGAAGCUAUUUCUGGUUCUGAUGGUAGCAGCGUUGCUCCUUUAUCUUUUUUCUUAUAACAAAUACAGCCAUCAAUGGUACUCACGCACUUCAUGUGCCGUUCUAGCCGUGGCGUUCUCCAUAUCCAUGAUCGGCUCUAUGGAAGUAAUAGUCAAGUGGAUUUCUAUCAUACCGUAUUUAGAAAUGCUGUUCAGUUUGUGUAUUAUAUUACCUUUAACGCUCGAUUUUACGCUGUCUUUGAUUGUGUCGUUUUCUUUUGCCUACAUGAAUGCGGCGGAACAUCAGAUUACUUUCACCACCUGUGGCAAUGAAACUUAUUCGUAUGGGACUAACCUAACCGAUGAUCAAUCGCGCACCCUGAGUUUUUACUGUGGCAUCAGGCAUGGUGUUACAAUUGAGUUUGCUUUGUGCGUUCUGAUCUUCAUUACAGGUAUGUACCUGCAGUUUUGGAAUACAAUAAGACGAAGAGCUGCUUUCAUCUACAUUGGACAGGCCGUGCACCUGCAACGACGAAACCGAAAAGUUUUAGCGACAAACGAAAGUCUGAGGGAUGUUCUUAUGCCUUCAUUUAUCUGGCACAAGUACGAAGGCAAAGAAAACCUUCGUCAAACCUAUGCAAACAGAAGACUUUACCUCCAGUCAGCAGUGGAUGUAACAAUUCUCGUCACUGAACUAGUCAAUUUCCGUGAACUGAUUUCAACUCAAGACAUACAGACAGUUGUACUGAUCAUGUCAGAUAUGAUAGACUACUUUGAUCGGAAAUCGAACGAAUACGACUGUGAGCGCUUGGCUGUUCUUCCUGACACCUAUGUAUAUACUUGUGGUGUUGUUAAAUCACGAAUGAAUCACGCAAGAUGUUGUGUGGAACUGGCCCGUGCUAUGGUGCAUGUAAAUGAACACCUGACCUUAGAACGUAGUCACUUGGUUCUUUUACGAGUCGGAAUCCACACAGGGAAGGUUACGAUUAUGGUUUGGGGAGGCAGAAAAGUUCAUUAUGACUUGAUUUCUCCAGAUGUCUUCAUUGCGUUUCACGUCAAAGAUUCUGGUCCUCCAGGUUACAUAACGAUUUCGGAUGACACUCACACACGAGUACACAUGAACUUUCCGACAGAAUUAGGCGAGAGGCUAAUCUUACAAACUGAAUGUUUAGUUGAUGGGAAGUUCACCGUACGUUCUAAGGCGCUACAAACGUAUUACGUAACGCAGGAGCCUACUGAAAUGGAAGGUUCAAUUACUUCCUCUGUCAAGUCGGAACAUGGUCUUUUUGAGCGUUGUGUACACCUGCUGGGCCAAAUUCGUGCGAGUAAAUCAAGAAAACCGACACUCCUCAAUCAAGACUUCGCAAGUGAGGCAUUUGCUGCGGCAACAACAGUCGGACGUCGCAGCGUAUUUUGUGUCUCUCCAAAGGAAUCGGCCAUCCCGAACACCUCUAUUCAUUGUAAUGGAGAAAUAUCUCGUUGGAACAAAGAUCGAACUGAAGAAUUAGACAGCGGCAAACCCUAUCAACUCGACGCAGAGGUUCUGCGUUUGAUCACUCAGCUUCGUGCGGACCCAAAGCGGCAAAUCACAUUGAUGCAGUAUAUUCCAGUAGGCACCUGGUCAAACGUUUUUACAAAUCGAGAACUAGAGUGGCAUUAUGUAAACCAUGUUCAAGACCCGAACAAUCCUAUCUAUAUUGACUCGCUAAAACUGGCACCCGCUAUGGACGCCAUAAUGAUCCUGGUGACAACGGUCACUUUACUGGUCUGUUCGAUGACCUUUACUGGGUACGAAAGGAGCGACAGACGUAUUUUCAUCUUGUAUGCAUUGGAAGUGUUCGUUGCACUCCUUCUGUGUGUAUGUGUCUGCUGGACGAGCACAAGAUUUGUACAGUCUGUGACCGCAGGUGUGGGACGUCGUCUAUUUGUCAUCAUGUCCAGAAAUUCCACGAGGCAAUUUUUUGUCUUCGUUCUAACUAUCCUACCAAGCAUACAUUCAUUUAUCUUCUUUUCGCUGCUUGAGGUAAACGUUGUUGGAGAGUUACGCUCGAACAACGCACUCAUUGUUUUUAACACCAUUUCGAUCCUCAACAUAAUGGUUGCUACAACUAAUUCAAAAUGGAUAGGUAUUCUAAGUUUGUUUAUUUGUCAUUUCGGUUACUUGUACACCUAUGGCACUAUAAUUGAGCCAAAACGGUUCAGUCCAUCCACUUGGGGCAGUAUCAACAGCUUAUUAAUGGCAGAAGAAUUGAUGAGUGACCAGCUGAUUAGAGUUUGUACAUCCUUCAUUGUGGUCUUGACGAUGAUUAACCUGAACGAGAGAAAUUGUCGCCUGAACUUCAUUGCAAUGCGCGAGCUGCAGAUCUCUCGUGAGGAGUCGGAAAUCUACCAUACCAGAUUACGAGAGAUGAUGAAUCAUUUACUGCCGAGCUAUGUUAAACGGCAGCUCCUACGUUCACGUUUUAGUAUCCCAAAUUCUUCUGUCAAACACCACAAUGCAGAAUGGGAAAACGUUGGAGUUGCUGUUCUCUAUAUGUCGAAUUUGUACAUCACACACUGGAAUUUAGAAUCCGCUCAAUGGGAGCUGAGUUUGAAGGUCCUGAACUUGUUUGUGUGUACCAUUGACGAUAUGAUUUCUAGUGGAAGGUUUACUGAGCUUGAGAAAGUGCGCUUUUUCAAUGAUAUGAUCGUACUGGCCAGCGGACUGAACCAGUUUACGACCUGGGAUUGUUCCGAUACAACACACAUGGAUAUACUCGUUGAAUUCUGCGUUCAAGCCCAGCGUCGAAUGCAACGGAUCAAUAGUGAACACCUGUCAAAGAAACGAAUGAUUGAUUUGAAGAUUGGCUACACAAGAGGGCAGGUUACGACGGCAGUAAUCGGUCUGCGGAAACCAACGUUCGUUGCUUGGGGAAGAUCUCUUGAAGUGGCAGAAAACGUCGCUCGUAAUGCCUUUGCGCACGAAGUACAAACAGUUUUUGAAUGCACCUUGAUCUUGUCCGCGCAGUAUGAGGCUAUUUUGGCCGGAGUGAUACCUGUUGAAAACGAGGGUCUUCUCGACACUUAUAUUGUUCGACCGCACCGGUAG